AUGGUCGUUGUGUCGAUAAGAUGCAAGGAUCGGCUAAAGAAGACAGCCUUUUUCUUUGCUGGACUGGGACACCUUCAACCUAUGUUACUGGCAGCUACUAACUCUGACUACUUGCUUGACAGGUUCCUUCUCGAGAAGCGCUGUUCCAGUGAGUAUGUCUCCAGGACAAUCACCUCACUCAUCUUCGUGGAGAUCUUGGCAACUAUUCUCAUGGGAGGUUUUGGAGUGCUGUUAGGACUCUUUCCAGACUUCUUUAGUAAGAUAUCCAGGGAGAAGGAAGAAGAUUUUAGAGGUUACCUCACGGUUGGUAUUCAGUGGAUCAUCUUCAUGGGAUACUUGCAGAUACUCAAGGCUUUUACAUCCGGUGGAGAGAAGGGACAUAUUCAAUGGUUUUACUAUUCUCUACUAUUUCAACACUUUUUCAUCUGUAUCAUAGGUGCAGGCAUUGGAUUUAUAGAUGUGGACAGGGCACUAUGGUAUCUCAUGAACAUUCCUGUGUCACCUGUCCUCAUCUUCUUCUACCAGAUGUUUAUCCACAUGUGGGCUCAUAAGAGUGGUCUGGUUAAUAUUGGGUAUAUAGUAGUUGAGAAUCAAAUAUGGCUAGGCAUUAUCAAUUCGUGUAUAACAACAGUACUGUGGACCAUAGCCUAUUUUCCACAUUUUCUGGAUGAAGAGCCUAAAAAUCCCGGAGUAACCAUUGAGCUCUCAAAGACCAAAAAGCUAAAUAAUGGCAAUCUUCAUUACCAUGAAGAUGAUAGAUAUGCUACUACUGGAUAUAAGACCAUUACUGUCACAGGUAAAAAGGAUGGCACUAGUCCUGGAACUACACAAUUCACAGUGAGAGCAGUAAUGGAUAAUGGUGGUAAGAAGCUACUCCUCCGCCCAUGCAUGCAAGGGCUAUUUUGGGAAUUAAUUGCAUACUACGGUACUAGUAAUAUCAGAGAACCUCUCCUAAUUUAUGCGAGAUCUGACACCUUCCAUUAUUACUACUGCAAGGGCUCAGACAACUACUGGUAUAGGUACAAGAAUGGUGAUGAACGCAGUAAAAUAAUGCCUGAAGAUGGUACUGCUACUGGACUAGGUAAACUGCUUUCUGAACUUAAUAAUAGUCCUAAGGGAGAGAUGAAUAGUGAAAAACAUUCUAAACUUGGUGACCUACAGACUAAUCUCCAAUCUGAUCAUCCUAAUUAUGACUACUGGAAGAUUUUGGGUAAUCAUGAUGGUGGCCCAUGGUGGAAUCCUGUAUACUGGCGCUUGUCUCCUACUUGUAUGCCACUGAUUAUGCAUGGUUUAGCGGUUGGAGCUAUGGGUUCAAUUUAUCCUCAUUUGGUUCCAAAGACUCUGGUUUCUGCCAAGCAUGCUCGUAUAUUUGACAUCCUCAGUAUGUUUUUGGCAGCAAUUACCCAGAUUUUGAAUCUAAUAUUUCUUGAGACUAAGAGUAAGGCUUUUGCGAACAGACCUUGGGAAGGUGGAGACAAAUGGUACCUUUUCUGGCUUCUCUAUAUACCAUACUUUUUGUCAUUCCUACUCAUCAUCUUUAACAUUCACUAUCCUGACUGGAGUAUCUGUUGCUAUAUUAGGAGCCACACUUGGUUAGCGUUUCUCAUCAUGCUUUCUGUUAGUUUUACCAAUGACAUCUUUCUGGCAGUAGGAAGGGGUGGUAUCAUGGACCAGAGAAGUGGUAAUAAACGUCUAGGAGGAGAUCGUGAAGGUUUAAGGAAUGAUCAUUCUCUAUAUAACAAAAUGGCUCCCUUUAUGGCCCUCUCUUACAUACCAUUCUGGUUGACGACAUCUCCAAUGAUAAAGAGUUAUGCUCAUAGUGUUUGUCAGUUGUCUGAUAAGGAUAGAGAUUCUUGGCCUACUUCACGUUAUGGCUUUUGGAGUUCUUGGGGAUAUUGGUGUAAAUGUGGUUGUCGUGGUCUCUAUACUAGUCUUCCUAAACUGUUGACUUUUAAUAUGAGGACUACUUUGACUCAUAAGGAUGAUCAUUUGUUUAUUUUAGUUACUUGUGACUUGCCCCCAGAUGAAUAG